AUGCCGCCCGCUGCCCCCGUGAUUCCUCCGGACAGCCCCAAGCGUGACACCCCGAUGGCUGUCGAUGAGCCAACCGAGGAGAAGCCCUCUACGACUGAAGGUGGAGAGGGAGAAGACGGAGAGAAGAAGGAUGGCGAAGAGGGUGAGGGUGACGACGCCGCGCCUCCGACAACACGGAGCAAAACGGCGCCGCAGCGCAAGGCGACCGAGACGCACCCUCCGAUCAAGCGCGGCAUCAUGACGCUGUCGGACGUGCAUGCCGCGCGUGCUGUGCUCGCGGACAAGGCGAAUCAGCACUGGAUGAAGGGUCUCGGAGGCGGCCAGAACCGCGAGGGCGAGACGAUUGUCAACUUCCUGUACAAGAACAAGGUCGGACACGGACGCCUCCUCCGCGUGUACAACCCGACGCCGGCGCCCUUCUCGUAG